AUGGAAGAGUCCGCCUAUCACGCCCCAACAGACCAGGUCACCCGAACCCCAGUCACUUCUUUGAUAGCCAACAAGGCCGACACCACCGUUCACUCCCUAAGGCAUCCUUUUUCCAGAAAAAUAAUGGAGGCAACACUGCUGGACCAUUGGAAGAGCAUGCCGAUCAAGAAGUACGACGGAUCAUCCGACCCAGAAGAGCACUUGAAUGUUUUCUUGACUCCAGCAACUCUUUCCACUCAAGACGACUCGGCUUUGUGCCUAAUAUUCCCCACGUCUCUAAAAGGAAGGGCCCUGGUUUGGUUCACAAGGUUACCGAGCUCUUCCAUUGACUCGUUCAAUGAACUGUCUUCCCAAUUCACUCUCCAGUACGCAACGAGCAAGCCGUACAGGACGACCUCACUAGCCUUAGCGGGGGUUCGUCAAGAGAAAAAAAAGAGUCUGAGGACUUUCAUGGACCAGUUUAAUAAAAUCGCAAUGGAAAUCGGCGACCUCAACCCUGCCGUGGCAAUGGACCGGCUGAGCACGGCACUCAGGCCCGGACCCUUCGUAAACAGUUUGUGCAAAAAACCGCUGGUGGAUAUGAAUGACCUCCGACGCCGAGCAGAAAAAUACAUGCAAAUGGAGGAGUUGGCGGAGACCCGGAAUCAGGCCAGAGCCGAGGAGGGUUAUAGCCGAAAGGAGCCCGGACGAGAACCAGUGAGGAAGACCAACGCCGAGCCCCUAAAUACCCGCCCCCCGAGAGGACCCCGCUAUACAGCGUAUACUCCCCUCAAUGCAAGCAGGGCCAAAGUAAUGGAGCAGGCUCUUGCGUCAGAAAUCCUGGCGAUGCCGAAAAGAGCGAACACGCCCCCUAGAGCCGACAAGGCAAAGAAUUGCCGAUUCCACCGAAACCGGGGGCACUCCACCGAAGAGUGUUCGGCAUUGAAAGACAAGAUCGAGGACCUCAUCAAACAGGGUCACCUCAAAAGCUUUACCACCUCCCAAGACCACCAGUCAAGGGAAAUAGACCAUUCUCGUGAAACUCGUCCACCGAGGGACCGACGCCGCCGAUCCCGUUCGGCUGAACGCCGAGACCGAUCACAGCGUCCCAGGGAGGACAAUGACCGAACACGGAAGGUGAUCAAUACAAUAGCCGGGGGCUUUGCCGGAGGCGGCUCCUCCUCUUCAGCACGAAAGCGACACCUCCGAGCUAUCCGAUCAGUGAAUAAUGUGAACCAGCCAAGAAUGCCAAAGAUGCCACCCAUCACUUUUACUGACCGAGAUUUUCGUGGCGCCGACCCUGUACAAGACGAUCCCAUGGUAAUUUCGGUCGAAAUGCAUAACUGCAUCGUGAAGAAAACGUUGGUCGAUCAGGGGAGCUCGGCCGACAUCUUAUAUUGGAACACGUUCGUGCAACUAGGAAUUCCAGAAGAAAGCCUAGAACCAUAUCACGAACCGUUAGUAGGGUUUUCUGGUGAAAGAGUAAUGACGAGGGGGUGCAUCGACUUGUACACUCGCUUCGGUUUCGACCAAAAGUCUUCCCGAGAAAUCAAAAUUCGUUACAUCGUCGUGCAUGCGAACACAUCCAACAAUGUCCUGCUCGGCCGACCCUCCAUCAACGCACUCCGAGCCAUCGUCUCGACCCCUCAUCUGUGCAUGAAGUUCCCGUCGAGAGAUGGAUAG